ACCAAGCGAACGGGUGGAGGUGGAUCCGUAAAGAAACCAGCCGGCUAGGAGAGGGAGGGGAGGAGCCCAGCUGUGAAGUGUGUGUUCCCAAGAACCAUGUCUACGUGGGAGUCCUUUAACCCGGAAAGUUAUGAAUUGGACAAGAGCUUCCGGCUAACCAGAUUCACUGAACUGAAGGGCACCGGCUGCAAAGUGCCCCAAGAUGUCCUGCAGAAAUUGCUGGAAUCCUUACAAGAGAAUCACUUCCAAGAAGAUGAGCAGUUUCUGGGAGCAGUUAUGCCAAGGCUUGGCAUUGGAAUGGAUACUUGCGUCAUUCCUUUGAGGCAUGGCGGUCUUUCUUUGGUUCAAACCACGGAUUACAUUUACCCCAUCGUUGAUGACCCUUACAUGAUGGGCAGGAUAGCAUGUGCCAAUGUCCUCAGUGACCUCUACGCCAUGGGGGUCACGGAAUGUGACAAAAUGCUGAUGCUCCUUGGGAUCAGUAAUAAAAUGACUGACAGGGAGAGGGAUAAAGUGAUGCCCCUAAUUAUACAGGGUUUUAAAGAUGCAGCAGAGGAGGCAGGAACGUCUGUGACUCGUGGCCAAACGGUGUUAAACCCCUGGAUUGUUCUAGGAGGAGUGGCUACGACUGUCUGCCAGCCCAAUGAAUUCAUCAUGCCAGAUAACGCAGUCCCGGGGGAUGUGCUGGUGCUGACGAAGCCCCUGGGGACGCAGGUGGCUGUGGCUGUGCACCAGUGGCUGGACAUUCCUGAAAAAUGGAAUAAGAUCAAGCUAGUGGUCACCCAAGAAGAUGUAGAGUUGGCGUAUCAGGAGGCGAUGAUGAACAUGGCCAGGCUCAACAGAACAGCUGCGGGACUCAUGCACACGUUCAAUGCCCACGCCGCCACCGACAUCACGGGCUUUGGGAUUUUGGGGCACGCACAGAACCUAGCCAAGCAGCAGAGGAACGAGGUGUCCUUCGUGAUUCACAACCUCCCUGUCCUGGCCAAGAUGGCUGCUGUGAGCAAGGCCUGUGGAAACAUGUUUAGCCUCAUGCAUGGGACCUGCCCAGAGACAUCAGGAGGCCUCCUCAUCUGUUUACCACGAGAGCAAGCCGCCUGGUUCUGUGCAGAGAUCAAGUCUCCCAAAUAUGGGGAGGGCCACCAGGCAUGGAUUAUUGGGAUCAUGGAGAAAGGCAACCGCACCGCCAGAAUCAUAGACAAGCCCCGGAUCAUCGAAGUUGCACUGCAGGUGGCCACUCAGAACGUGAACCCCACCCCGGGUGCCACCUCUUAAUCUAGACCCAAGUAGCUAUCUGGUUUUGUUUUUAAAUAGAGCUAUUUCUUUUUUCAUCAUUUCAAUUAAAGACGAUACACGACAACAAAAAUCUCAUUGUGUCUACACAUCUGGUGACCUUAGGUCGAUUUGUGAGUGGAUGCAAUUAAUAAAAUAAAAUCCAUUGCCUUUUUUUCCUGUUACAUUAACUGAAGAUGCACCUAAUCUUGAGGCAGCUUCUGAGUUGAGAAUUAUAUUGUUAUCCAAUACUGUUGAUUCAUUUUGAAUCUUUAGACACUUAUCUCUUGCCGCGUAGGCUCUUUCUAAAGGUGCUCCCCCGUGGUACAGACAUUACCGGUCGUGGUGUCAGAGAGCAGUUGGUGUCUGUUCAUUUCGUGCGUAUUUAUCAUUAUCAGUCUGGUCUUUUUUUAAGUGUCUUGGAUGAUAUUCUGGAAAGAUGGAAGUGGUAAGUGACACAGUGAUAUCCCCAUAGUGAGA